AGAGACGACAGAGACGACAGAGACGACGACAGAGACGCGACAGAGACAGAGCGACAGAGACACGACAGAGACGUGACAGAGACGCGACAGAGACAUGACAGAGACGACGACACGAGAGACGACGACAGAGACGCAACAGAGACGCGACAGAGACAGACGACGAACAGAGACAGAGACAGAGACAGAGAACAGAGACGACAGAGACACGAACAGAGAGACAGAGACAGAGACGAC